UCGCUGCUGUCGUCGCGGCUCUGACAAAAAAAAAAGACCGACCAAGAAAUUUCUAGAAACUUCUUUCUCCCUUCUCUCCUCACCGCCACAUUCAAAGUCCAAGUUCGAUCCGGAUUCAGAUCCGCUACAGGAACUGAAGUAGUUUUUGAGGAUUCGAUUCAUGCACAUCCGUCCAUAAACGAACGAAAUCUCUGUUUCCAAGAUGCAGAGUCGUGGAUCGAAUCAACGGUUAUCGGCGAUGCUUUCCGGCUCGCGACCGUCAACUCUUUUGUUCGCUAUGUUCUCUUUUGUGGCUGCAAUUUACGUUGCCGGCAGGCUAUGGCAGGAUGCGCAGAACAGAAUUUAUUUAAUUAAAGAACUUGACAGAAUAACUGGUCAGGGCAAAUCAGCUAUAUCAGUGGCUGACUCAUUGAAGAUCAUAGCCUGCAGGGAACAGCAGAAGAAAUUGGCAGCCCUUGAGAUGGAGUUGGCUGCAGCUAGACAUGAGGGUUUCAUUACAAAGCCCUCUUCAAGAGCUAGUGGGACUGGCUUGAAGAAAAGGCCUUUGGUAGUGAUAGGAAUUCAUACCACAUUUGGCCAGAAGAGAAACAGAGAUGCAAUCCGUAAAGCAUGGAUGUCAACUGGUGCAGCUUUAAAAAAGAUGGAGGAUGAAAAGGGUAUAGUUGUUCGAUUCAUCAUUGGAAGAAGUGCAAAUCAGGGGGACAGUCUGGACAGGGCCAUUAUCAAUGAAAAUAGGCAGACCAAUGAUUUCAUUAUUCUUAAUGACCAUGUGGAGGCACCUGAGGAGCUUCCUAAGAAGACCAAGUUGUUCUUUGCUCAUGCUGCUGAUAACUGGGAUGCUGAAUUCUAUGCGAAAGUAAAUGAUGAUGUUUAUGUGAAUAUUGAUGCCCUGGUGACCAUGCUUGAAGCUCAUUUGCAGGUGCCUCGAACAUAUAUCGGUUGUAUGAAAUCAGGCGAAGUUUUUUCUGAUGUGGGCCAUAAAUGGUAUGAAUCAGAUUGGUGGAAGUUCGGUGAUGGGAAAUCGUACUUCCGCUAUGCAUCAGGUGAAAUGUAUGUCAUAUCCCGAGGAUUGGCUAAAUUCAUUUCAAUAAAUAGAUCUCUUAUACGGACUUAUGCCCAUGAUGAUGUCAGUGUCGGAUCUUGGUUUAUUGGCCUCAAUGUUGAAUAUGUGCAUGAACCAAAGUUUUGCUGCUCAUCUUGGACAUCAGGGGCCAUAUGUUCCGGCGUUUGAUUCAAGCUGUUUGGUGAUCCUGAGAAGAAAUUAUAAAGCUGAGAUAUAUUGCGGACACUGGACAGUGCAUGCAAACCAAUAACGGUCUCCUGCAGCAGGCGAUCUACAUAAAUCAUUAACAAAAUUGUGGGGAAAAUUUUGUGGACCUUUACAGCUGAAAAUGAUGAAUCAUAUUCUGCUUUUGGUUUCUUACUA